AUUCACAUAUACUUGAAAGUUAUUUUCCAAAAAAGCAAUAAGGAGGAGAAUGGGAAAAAUUAUAGACAGUGAUUUUAUUUUCUUUUCUCAUUGAGUGAUUUAAAAGAAUAAUUACAAGAAAUGUAUAUUAAAGAGGUGAAAAUUGAAAAUUUUCUAUCCAUUGGCAACGAAAUUGUAUUGGAUGAUAUUCAUCGCGGUCUAAACAUUAUUGCUGGACUCAAUGGCGCUGGGAAAAGUAAUUAUUUAAAAGCCUUAAAAUUCGUUUUAACAAAUGAUUAUCCUUGCACAAAUGAUGCUGAAAGACAAUCGUUUCUCAAUAACAAAGAACAGUCUGCAACAAUCAGAAUAACAAUUGAAGACAGUGACAAUAGAUUUUUGAUGGAUAAAGAAACAGUGACACUUUCAAGGCAAAUAGGAAAAAGGAUAAAUUUAUAUUUUCUGAAUGACAGAAAAAUAACAAAAGAGGAUUAUAUUCGAUGUCUCGAACGUGCCCGAAUAUUAUUUAAACGACCAUUCUUUAUCAUCGCCCAAGGAGAAAGAACAAAAUUCGCAAAAUUGUCAAGUGCAAAUCGUUUGGAAGUUUUCGAAGAUAUUUCCCGUCAAACAUUCAUUAAAAAUGUGGAAUCAACAAUUCACGAUUCAGAUGAAAAGAUUCAGGAAAAAUUUUCAUUAAUCGACCAAGUUCCAGAAAAAUUAGAUAGAAAUAUAGUGUCUCUACGCGAAGAACUUAAUGUCGUGAAAAAAUAUAAACAAUUAAAGGGCGAAAUUGAUUCAUUGACGCGAAUAAUUGGUUUUAGACGUUUAAGAAUAACUGAAAAUAAAUUGAGAAUUCUCAAUGAAAGGCUUAUGGGAAUUCAAGAAAUGAAAAAUGACGUUAAACACGAACUUUCCGAAUUCAAUAAAAAAUACUAUAGUCUUAAUAAUUUAUUGAAAUCACAAGAAAAUGAAAUAGAAAUUGUCGAACAAACAGCAGUCAAUGCAGUAGCUAAGAAAAACAUAAAUGACGAGAAUAUACGUGAUAUUAAUGCUAAAACUAAAAUUUUGCAAAAGGAAUUACACCGAUUGAAUGAAGAUGAAAAAAAGAAAAAGGAAAAAUUGCUUGAAAUUAUGAGUGAAAUGUCAAAAUUUGAAGUAUAUUCGCCUGAAACCGAUAUUUCUCAAGUUGAUGAAGACAAUGAAACGGAAAUGUUUUCUCAAUUGAAGGAAAUGUACAAGAGAAGAAACACAAACGCUUCUUUAGACCAGACUGAAAGAAGAAAUUUUUUGGAAUCAGAGAUUUCUCAACUCGAAGAAAAUGAAUAUGAAUAUAAAGCUGAACACGAGAAAAUAGUCGAUGAAAUAAAACUUGCCACAGAAGAGAAAUUGAAAUUCGAGGAAAAAAUUGAGGAAUUGGAAAAUGAAAUUCAACAGAAAGAAUCGGAAAUUGCUGCAGACUCAUUGGCUUUGCAAGAUUUUCUCAGGAAAAUACCAGAAUUUAAUAAAAAAUUAGUGGAGUUGCGCGAUAAACUAAAUGAGAAAGAGAAAAAUUUAGCUCGAGUAAAAAACGAGUGGGCGGAAGUUAAUCAAAAGUUUCGUAAAUGCACGAUUAAGAAAAUUUACGAUUCGCUAGUGAGCGUUGAGAGAGUUAUCAAUAUUUUCAGAGAACGUGGCGAAAGCACAGAUGAAUAUUAUGGAAUAUUACUAAAUAAUUUUCAAUUGAAAAACUCUGAAUUUCAACAUAUAAUCGAUGGAAUUGCGGGGAACCGAUUAUUUUAUUUCGUCGUUGAGACGACGGAUUUUGCCCUUCGAAUUAUCGAACAAAUCAAGUAUUCAGAUUUACCUGGAGAAGCGAAUUUUCUUCCUCUCGAUCGAAUACGUGACAAGCAAAAAGAUGUUGAAAUUCCAACAGCUGUCAAUGUAUUGAGUAUGAUCGAAUUCGAAACAAAAUUUCAUUCCGUCAAUAGACAAGUUUUUGGAAACACUUGGAUUUGCGAUAGUUUUCAAAGUGCAAGAGAUGUGGCUAGAGAAUUUAAAGUUUCCUGUUUCACGACGGAUGGUGUCAACAUUUCCGAUAAUGGAAUGGUUUUCCAUGAUAAGUCCAAUAAAAUAAAUCCUCGCAGUAAUCUUUACAGAAUAAGAGAGCAAUUAGAGAAUGAACGUGAUAUUCUUGAAACUGAGGUUCAGGAAAUUAAGGAGAACAUUUCUCAACUUUAUCAAACACACGAAGCGGAUAAAAAUCAUUUUCAACAAAUCAAGCACAGUUUUAAGAGAAAUAAUUUGACAGAGAAAAAAGGAAGUUUAGAUGGAAUCAAGUUACAACGAGAACUUGAAUUAAAACUAAUUUUGGAUCGAAAACAAAUCAGAAAUCAAUUGCAAUUGAAAAUAAAGAAAAUUUCUUUUAAAAUCGAGAAAUUACAAAAUCAAUUAAAAGGAGACGAUUUAUUAUCUCAACUGACAGAGGAAGAGGAAAAUCAAAUUAAAGUUUUACAAAAGAAUGUUAUUGAAUUGCGAAAAGAAGAAGGAUUAUUGAAUAAAACGAUUGAAAGUGCCAAUAAAGUUAGUGAUGAUCAAAAAAACAAAUUAAAAUUUAAAAUUCAAGUUACGAAGAAUGAUUUGGAAAAAAUUGACAUUUCGAAAGGAAAACUGGAAAUUGAACUUUACGAUUUAAAAAUGAAACUCAUUGAAUUUCAAACUCAGAAUCUUGAAAAUCAAGAAGAAAAUGUUGAGUUACAAUUGAAGCAAAAGAUUGACGAAACAAAGAAAAAGAUAAAUAUUGUCGAACCAAAAUGUCAAGAAUUGGAAGUUAUGCUUAGUGAUGUUGAAGAAAAUUUGCAAGUAAUUUCGGCAAAAAUUGAUAAAUUAAAGAAUCAUCAAAAACAGUAUGAGGAGGAAAUUAUUAAUGCGAAGGAAACAAGUUCUAAGGAGGAAACAUUUGAAACCCAACCGAAUGAUAUUUUAAUUGAAACACUUGAAAAAUUGAAACAAAAGUUUCUCAACACAAAAGAAAAAAUUCAUUUAAGAAGUGAUGAAUUGCUGCGAAAAAUGAUUGAUUUCAAAACGGAAUUUCACGAAGGAAUGGAAGAAUUAAAAGAUUUAUCAAGUUUAAUGGCAAUUUUACGGGAAUGUAAAAUUAUCAGUGAAGAAGUAAUUGAAGAAGAAUUUACAAAAUUGUCGCAAAAUUUUGACAAAUAUUUGCAAAAGUUCUUCCCAAAUGGAAAGGGUGAAUUAAUUAAGAUAACAAAUUCUUCGGCUCCCGGUCUACAGGAAAUUUUAGUUGGAAUUGAUAUGAACCUGGAAUUUUUUGGUAAAAAGAAAACUGUCAAAUGUUUGUCAGUCGGUGAUCAGAGUUGUGUAUCUAUUGCAUUUAUUUUUGCUGCUGCCGAAAACGAAAAGCCGCCAAUUUUUAUUUUCGACGAGGUUGACGAUGCACUUUCACAGGCAAAUUCUCAAAUUUUUGGCGAGAUUUUGAAAAUUAUCAGUGAGAAGAUACAAAUUUUCCUUGUUUCAUUCAAUCCAAAUAUUGUCAGUUGUGGAAAUAAAAUUUUCAAUGUGACAAACGUUAAUAAUCUCUCAAGAAUUCAAAGCUCGACAGCUGCAAAUAAUUUUAGUCCAGUUCUCGAAAGUGAUGCCAGUUUACAUUCUUCAAAUGAAUAAGUGU